AUGCCCAUUUUCCUGGUGGAAGAAGAAUGUGAACACAGUCCCGAGAAGAACCCCACAAGGCAGUUGGCCCUGGACUCAGCACUAGGACUCACAAAAGGUCUGCAGAAGAAAGAGCUCACCCCAAAGAGACUGCAGCUCCUUCUGCUUGGGAAAACAGGAAGUGGGAAAAGUGCAACAGGAAAUAGCAUCCUUGGUAGACAAGUAUUUGAGUCCAAACUCAGCGCUAGACCAGUGACCAUGGCAUUCCAGAAAGGAAGCAGAGAGUGGGAAGGGAAGGAGCUUGAGGUGAUUGACACUCCCGACAUUUUGUCACCUCACCCUCAGGUGACAGCUGAGAAGAUCUGCGAAGUCUUGGCCUCACCAGGGCCCCAUGCAGUGCUCCUGGUGAUACAGGUGGGCAGGUACACCCCAGAGGAUGAGCAAGCCGCCAGGCGCCUUCAGGAGAUCUUCGGAAAUGGGAUUCUGGCUUACACUAUUCUGGUGUUCACCAAGGUGGAAGACCUGGCCGGGGGCUCCUUGGAAGAGUAUGUCCAGGAGAACAGCAGUAAGAGCCUGGCUGAGCUGGAUGUUGCCUGUGAGAGGCGCCAUUGUGGCUUCAACAACAGGGCUCAAGAGGCUGAUCAGAAGGACCAGCUGACGGACCUUAUGAAGAAAAUCGAAUUGGUCUUGUGGGAAAACGAGGGCCACUGUUACAGCACAGCACUUCCAAGUGUUCCCAGCAAAACAGUUUAACCAAAUAGCAAGGUUCUGAGUAGAAAACUCUUAAGGUGUCCUGGCUGGAAAGGCUGUCCCAGAAGCAGGUGGC